AUGGAUCUCGUGAGCUUGGACCUUGCCGUGAGACUAGGAGUGACUCAGUUUUCCUAUUUGCCGAUGCUUAUGAAAAGAUUGGAGCAUUGUCGACCAACUCUUCUUGUCAACAAUGGCUUUUUCCCUUUGGCGCCAGACCUGAUCGAUUACAAGACUAAAGCGAUCGGCAUCAAUGUCCACGAGAGAUAUUAUGGAUUGGGUGAUUUGCGUGGUUGUAACUUUCAAUUUGACGCUCGUUAUUGGUCGCCUAAGAUGGAACUGAUAACUGGAGUCAUCACCAAGGACAAUGACUAUCUAUGUGCAUUUGACGAUGACGGCGACAAGCUUUUUGUGAUCGAUCGGCGUGGUGUGACCAUGUGUAUCUCCAAAACGAUAUUGAAGGAGUAUGAACGUGAAACUUACGAGGAUGUACCCAUCUUCUACUGUCAAACAGCUAACGCAGAAUCGAUUUUUCUCUUCAGCCAGAACUUCGUCCUUGUAAUGAAGUUUAUCGAUCUUUUCCAAUCCCUACCAUUCUGGUUCUACGUUGAGCUCUCGCGAGACGAUGGUGUUCCAAGAGACCCGAAAGUUGAGGGAGUGUAUGUCUCUUGCAUUCGGGUGGAAACGGUCAUUGUGACUGACUUGCUCAAGUGUUCUCCCUGGCAUGUCGGCAAAGAUCUACUUUCGCAUUACAGAUACAACAAACUGGACAAUAUUAUCACAUUCAUUGCCGUCACAGAGGACUCCAUCGAGCUACGAGACUUCCGGAAAGAUACGAUGCAGUGGGACGACUUCACGACCACAAUUCCGAGGAAAAGUGAUGAAUUCAAUUUCCCAAUAGCAUUUCUCUUCAAGGACGUCUUUGUUAUCGAAGAAACUAGGGGCUGUUUCAUGGUAUACGAUCUUACGAAUCGUCGCUGUGUGCACUUUGAGAGUGAAUUCUUUAGCUGGGUGCCGUACUCAAUGCACUGGAUGUUUGAGGGUGAAAACGACGCUCUUUACUUGUCGCUGGACAAUUGCUCGUGGUACAUUCCUUAA